AUGCUGAACAUCGCCCUCCCAGCACUAGCCGUGUCGGUAUCUGCCGCCGGCGGCCUGGGGUUUCUCGCCGCGGGCUACGACGUGUCGAGCCUCGAGCGUAACCUCGAAGAAGCCGCGCGACUCGUGGCCCAGCCAACGUGCAGUCUGCGACAAACGUACCAGGAGCGCGGGGUGCUCCCCCUCGGCGUCGGGUUCCUCAACUGGGGCGCCGACCUGGAACGUUCGCUCGCCGCGAUCGAGAAGUACAAGCCCUGCGCGGUAUGGCUCUUCGGCCCCAAGUCCCAGCCGCACGACCUCGUGCCGUGGGCGGACCGCGUGCGCGCCGUCGCUCCGGGCCAGACGCAGAUCUGGGUGCAGGUGGGCACGGUGGGCGAGGCGGUCGCCGUGGCGGGCGCGCUGCGGCCGGACGUGCUGGUCGUGCAAGGCUCCGAUGCGGGCGGGCACGGCCUGGCGCGCUCGGCGUCGAUCGUGACUCUCCUCCCCGAGGGCUACCGGGCGGAGGUUCUCAGUGCAGCGGAUGGCGGGGUCAGCACGGUGCGUUCUACUGUCUAUGACCGUGUGCGAGGCAUCUAUGGCUGGCCGGAGCGGUACGAUGGGCGUGGAGUCAUCAAUCAGAGCUACGUCGAUGCGGUGGAGCGGGGCAUGAGUGACGAAGAGAACCGCGCGCGGUACGAGAGUGAGCUGCAAAAAGGAGACUUGGGAUGGGGGCCCGGCGGUCGAUUGACGACGUACGCUGGCACGGGCGUUGGCUUAGUGAGAGAGACCAUCCCGGCCGCCGAGAUUGUGCAGAAAUGCCGACAAGAAGCGAUGGAUAUCAUCCAGCGACUGGCAAAGUAA